CGAACCAAAAAAAGCCUUACAUCUAGACCACCCGUGACCUGUGAAGACUUGUAAAUCCCUAUACCUGGUUUCGUGGUGAGGGCUGCGCAAUUGCGCAAGCUGCGAGAGUACUAUCGGACCUUUCCAUGGAAUCCACUCCACGCGUGAUCACCACUGAGGGUGUCGGUCCGAUCUGAUGUGGGGUAAAAAGUUGCCAUCUGGACAGUAAAUCACAUAUAUGAGGAUCAAUACACACGUGGUAGUCAACACAAAGCGCAAAAAUGCCUAUGCAUCCGGUGACUUCCACUUUUAUGUACCGGGGGAUCUGCACCAUUCCUGAUAUCUUGUCGUACCGGGCACCGGUCAAUCUACCUGAGGACGAAGUGGAAGAAAUCCGGGAGGCAUUUAAGGUGUUUGAUCGAGAUGGGAAUGGCUUCAUCUCAAAGCAGGAGCUCGGCAUGGCCAUGCGUUCUCUAGGGUACAUGCCCAAUGAGGUCGAGCUGGAGGUCAUCAUUCAAAGACUCGACAUGGAUGGAGACGGCCAGGUGGAUUUUGAGGAAUUUGUUACUCUCCUGGGGCCCAAACUCUCGGCUGCCGGGAUGCCUGACAAGUUCAACGGAACCAAUUUUGACUCUGUGUUCUGGAAGUGUGAUAUGCAGAAGCUGACUGUGGAAGAGCUGAAGAGACUCUUAUACGAAACCUUCUGUGACCACCUGACUAUGAAGGACAUCGAGAAUAUCAUCAUGACAGAGGAGAAUCACAUCGAAAAUCCUGAGGACUGCCAGGUUGACAUUGACACGGAGAGUCCAACCCAGCAGGUGAAGCAAACAUGCGUACGGAAGAGUCUGAUCUGCGCCUUCGCGAUCGCUUUCAUCAUCAGUGUUAUGCUUAUCGCAGCCAAUCAGGUGCUUCGCAGUGGCAUGAAGUAACCGAAUGGACCAAUCACAACGUUGGUUCAAUUCAAUAUAACAUAUGACAGUGACAAAAAAGGCUAAAAAAAAAUUUACACACAAACUGGAGCAGCUUAAAAGUUCAUUUUAUUU